UGUCACAACGUCACAGAUGUUUUAUCAGUGAUCCGAGACGGAAGUUUUCUUCAGAUGGAGUAGUGAAUUAGUAUUUUCUAUAAAUCGGCAGCCGCUAAGAAGCAAAAUAUGUCUGAGCAAGCACGAGGCGGCCACAGCUCUUCUAUUCUUGGCGAACACAUAGAAAAUUACAACAUUGAGAGUUCAGCCCUCCACCGCAAGCUUCAGAGUAAAGUCGAGGCACUAAACAUAAUGCGAAAUGAGCUUGAAAAGUAUCGAACGGAAAGAGAUCAAUUCAAACUUAUGGCCGAGACCCUCCAGUUAAGAUAUUCAGCGAUCAAGAGGAACAGCGACUUCUGCGUUAGUUUAGGGGGAAAUUCAAGCGUUGCGACUCUGCUAACGGACGCUCGAGAAAAGAACAUGAAACUUACGACAGAGUUGGAAGCGGCCAAGCAGAAAUUGGCCGAAGUUCAAGGCGAUAUGGAACUGCUCAGGGUCAAGAACGCGGAGCUUCUGCAAUCGAACAAAUUGAGGAAAGCCAGCGUGACGGAUGGUAGGGAGGAGUUGUCCUGGAAGGCAGAGAGGGCAAACUUCAUAGCUAGCUUGGAAAGCUUAAAGAAAAAGAACGCGCAACUGGCCUUUGAUCUUAAGGCGCUCCUGGAUGAAAAGGAGGAGGCGAUAACGGAGAGGGAAUCGUACAAAUGCAAGGCGCACCGCCUGAACCACGAGCUGAUGUUGGCCUUGAAAGUGAACGAAUCUCAUAAGAAUAUUGUCGACAUCGACGCUCUGGUCGUAGAAAACAAAUUCCUACAGGAAAAGCUGAGUAAUUGCGAGAGUGAAUUGGAUCAGACUCAAGCUGCGGCCAACAGGUACAAGAACAUGCUGGAUAGUAAACGAAAGAAAGGCAUUAUUAAACUAGGUACUAACACUGCCGACAACAUAAUGUCGCAUAAACAAGUCAAGAUGAUCCUUGAGAACGGUGCUGAUUUGCCUACCAAGACGGAAACAAUAGCAGACUUGAAGUCAUUAUGCUUAGCGUUGCUUGACAAUUUAAAUGACAAAAACGUGGCUUUAAGUCAUCAGAAGAGAACCAACAAAAUAUUAGCGUCACGCAUAGCAGAACUAGAUCGGCGUCUGCAAAUUACCAUGGGACAAAACGAAGCCUCAAGCUUCUCACCGUCGCAGAUCCUACUAUCCGGCUAUACACCUUCAACCGUUGAUAUUGAGCAGAAAUCUUCAAACGUUACCGACGAUUCGGGUACAAUGUCCUCAGACGAGUCCAACAAAACAUCGCAGGUAUUUGACGAUGGCAUGGAGUCCCUGUCGUCGGACUCCAAUCGGAGCAUUAUAUCGUCCGAAUAUGAGAACGCCGGGCUCUCCAGUGAUAUUUCAUCUAUGUAUGCUUUGAACAACGCACAAUGCGCUUUAGUGUCCAACGAUAUUAUUAAGGAACGAGCUGACGAUUUGAAAGAUUUGCCAUCUGAGCUGGCUGAUAUGGUUCAUAAAGCUUUACGUGAUUUAGACUCGAAGGAGAGUCAGGAAAGUUCUGCUGAAGGAGAAUCCGGUCACUAGAGGUUGGACUGUGAAAACGUGUGUAUUAUAUGUUAUCUACUGGCUGUACUGUAUGUAUAUCAAUGUUAGCUUAUCUUAUUAUGUUUAAA